AUGAGGCUCCGUAGGACCCUAAAACCCAUUCUGUUGGUUGCAGCUGCACCUUCUGCUUUCAAUAGUUUUGGGAAAAUUGGUACCAUAUGUCAUCUUCAUACUUAUACAAAAAUGACUAAUAUUGAUGAUGCCCUACUUUCAUUCAAUACCAUGCUUCACAUCAACCCCUUACCUUCCAUAGUUGAGUUUAAUAAAUUGUUAUCUGCACUUGUCAGAAUGAAACAUUUUCAGGCCGUGCUUUCUCUUUGUAAGCGAUUGGAAUUGGCAGGACUUCCGUUUAAUGCUUACACUAUUAACAUAGUGAUGAAUUGCUUCUGUCAUUUGCAUCGUGUCGAUUUUGGAUUCGCCAUGCUAGGAAAAAUCUUCAAACUCGGAUUUCGGCUUGACGUGAUUAUGUUUAAUCCCUUACUCAAUGGCCUUUGUUUACAAGGUAAAAUUGCCCAAGCUGUCGAGUUGUUUGAUGAUAUAGAAGCCAAGGGUUAUCAACUUGAUGUUUAUGCCUAUUCUUCUGUUGCUAAUUCCUUAUGUAAAAUUGGAAAAUCCAGUGCUGCAAUUAGUUUACUUCAAAGAAUGAGAGAAAAAGGUUGUCAGCCAAAUGUUGUGACCUAUAAUACAAUUAUCGACGGGCUUUGCAGGGAGGGUUUCAUUACCACGGCUAAAAACCUUGUAUUAGAGAUGAAGAGAGAAAAUAUAUUGGCUGAUGUUGUAACUUACAGCUCUUUAAUUCGUUGUCUUUUCAAUUUAGGCCAAUGCAAGGAAGCUUUAGCUUUACAUAAUGAAAUGUUUGAUUGGAAAAUCAAGCCAGAUGUAGUCAUUUUUAAUGUAUUGGUCGAUGGUUUGUGUAAAGAAGGGAUGGUUUUAGAGGCUCGUGAUAUAGUUGAAACAAUGACGCAGAGGGAGAUAGAGCCGAAUGUGGUCACUUACAAUUCAUUAAUAGGUGGAUAUUGUCAGCAGAAUCAAUUAAGUGAGGCUAGAAAAGUAUUUGACAUUAUGGUAAGCAAGGGUUGCACUCCUAAUAUUGUGACUUACAACAUUUUGAUUAAACUGUACUGCAAGAACAAAACGAUGGAUGAUGUAAAAUAA